GAAUCGAUUUAUUUAGAGGAAGAGUGGAAAACGGAGACGGUUUUUUGAAAAACCUCAAAACAAGUUAUAAAGAAUGAAACAUGACAACCCCACUCUUCCCAGUUUCCCCACCUUCCCCGCGUAUCAAAGCCAAGCAUGGGCUUGGCCCCUUAGUUUUUUCCAAUUAAUUUAGAAACACAUAAAAGAAGAAGAUAAGAGAGAAGAGUAUCUGUAUCUAUAUUCUUGUUUGUUUUCUGCGAUAAUGGCAGUUGUUCUUCUCUCUUGUUUGGUGGCUUUGCUCUCAUUUGUAGCCGAUGGUGCACCUGUUGGGACGGCUAUUGCCGCCCGCGGCCGCGGCCAUCCAGUCCCUAGUGAUGUUAAGGUUUUUAAUGUGCUAAACUUUGGUGCUAAGCCUGGUGGGAAGUUCGACUGCACUGAGGCAUUCAUGAAGGCAUGGAACGCAGCAUGCCAUUGGAGAGGGAAAGCUAGGCUUGUUAUCCCUAUGGGUACAUUUUUGACUAGUCAAACAAUUUUUCAAGGGCCAUGCGCUGGGCCACCUCCAAUUACUGUUCAAGUGGCAGGAACCGUUAAAGCUGAUACUGAUGUUAGUGACUUUGAAACUCCUGAAUGGUUCUCGUUUGAUCACAUAAAUGGCCUAAUUCUUACUGGCGGUGGAACUUUCGAUGGCCAAGGUGCCGCCGUUUGGAAAUUUAAUGAUUGUUCACAUAACAGUGACUGUCAACUCAUGCCUGCGAACAUUAAGUUCAAUCAUGUAAGCAAUGCAAGGAUUAGGCGUAUCCAUUCACUUAAUAGCAAAGCUUUCCACAUUUUAAUGAGCUUUUGCCAGAACAUUGGGGCACGCAGACUCUCUAUCAUUGCCCCUGGAGAUAGCCCAAACACAGAUGGGAUUCACAUUAGUGAGUCCAACUCUGUUACAAUAUCCAAAAGCAUGAUUGGAACAGGGGAUGACUGCAUCUCCAUCGGUCAAGGUGCAACCAAUAUCACCAUUGAUGGACUCUCAUGCGGGCCAGGACAUGGAAUUAGUGUUGGUAGCCUUGGGAAGUAUCCAGAUGAAAAGGAUGUGAAUAAAGUCACAGUGACAAACUGCACAUUAACAAACACACAGAAUGGUGUUAGGAUCAAAACUUGGCCUGGAUCUCCUCCAAGCCACGCAACAGGAUUCAUUUUCCAGGACCUUAUCAUGAACAAUGUUAAGAAUCCCAUCAUCAUCGAUCAACAAUAUUGCUCUGGGAGUAAAUGCUCAAAUAAGCCGCCUUCUCGCGUGCAGGUGAGUGAUGUGCAUUUCAGGGAUAUCAGAGGCACCUCGGCAACAAAAGUUGCAGUGAACAUCGCCUGUAGUCAACAGUUUCCGUGCCAGAAUGUUGAGUUGCACAACAUCAAUCUCAAGUACAAAGGCCCAACUUCAAGCAAUCUACCUGCUACGUCUUCAUGUGCAAAUGCAAAAUUAGGGUUCUCCGGCAUCCAGAACCCACCUCCUUGUCGAUAGAUAUUAGCUUCUAGUUCUAAGGGCACUACCACUGUUAGGAUUUGGGGAUUUAAUGGGGAACUUCUUCUUCUUCUUCUUCUUCUUCUUCAAUGUAGAGGGAUGAAUGAUCAAAUAUAUAUGCCUGAAGUACGCAAGAAGUAAUUUUUUACUUCGGAAAGAGAAAAAGAGCCACAUUUGGCACUUUGGAAA